CCAAAUAUCCCUCGCACCAUCCUAAACCCUGUUUACCCCAGAAACCUUAACUGUGGACAGACAGAGGAGGAGAGGGAGAGAAUAUUCAGACACAAUAAAACUCUGAGGGGGAAAAAAUAUGUGGAAGGAGGAGGCAGCAGAGGCCUAGGAAAGCGAUUGAAAAGUUUCCCCGGCUUAACUUCUCCCUCCCCUCCCCCCCUUCCAGAAGCAGCAGCAGCAGCAGCACAAGAUCAUCCUCAAGAAAUCAGAAAAAAGAGUUAAGUCUUAUAUUAACUGAAGCGCUGAAGUGACAACUAUGGAAGCACAAAUAGAAAACAAGUAAAAAUGACUGCAGCUAAACAAGCAAACAGGUCAUGGCACGCUUAACGAAAAGACGACAGGCAGACACAAAAGCUAUCCAGCAUCUUUGGGCAGCUAUUGAAAUAAUCCGGAACCAGAAGCAAAUUGCUAAUAUUGACCGUAUUACAAAGUAUAUGUCUCGAGUCCAUGGUAUGCAUCCAAAAGAGACCACACGUCAGUUGAGCUUAGCAGUGAAGGAUGGUCUUAUUGUUGAAACCCUGACUGUGGGAUGUAAGGGAUCAAAAGCUGGUAUUGAACAAGAAGGAUACUGGUUGCCAGGAGAUGAGAUUGCCUACAGUAUGCAGCCUUUCUCCCGGACAACAGCAAAAAACAAGGACUGGGAAACAGAAAAUCAUGACUGGUAUUGUUUUGAAUGCCAUUUGCCUGGAGAGGUGUUGAUAUGUGACCUGUGUUUUCGUGUGUAUCAUUCCAAGUGUUUGUCUGAUGAGUUCAGGCUUAGAGACAGCAGUAGUCACUGGCAGUGCCCAGUUUGCAGGAGUAUUAAGAAGAAAAACACAAGCAAGCAAGAGAUGAGCACAUACCUGCGAUUCAUUGUCUCUCGUAUGAAGGAGCGGGCUAUCGAUCUAAACAAGAAAGGGAAGGACAACAAGCACCCAAUGUAUAGGAGGCUGGUGCACUCAGCUGUCGAUGUUCCUACUAUACAAGAGAAAGUAAAUGAAGGAAAAUACAGGAGUUAUGAGGAAUUCAAAGCAGAUGCUCAGCUUCUUCUACACAACACGGUGAUUUUCUAUGGAGCGGACAGUGAACAAGCUGAUAUAGCUAGGAUGCUUUACAAAGACACAUGCCAUGAGCUGGAUGAACUGCAGCUUUGCAAGAACUGUUUCUAUUUGUCAAAUGCACGUCCUGACAAUUGGUUCUGCUACCCUUGUAUACCCAAUCAUGAAUUGGUUUGGGCCAAAAUGAAAGGGUUUGGGUUUUGGCCAGCCAAAGUCAUGCAGAAAGAGGACAAUCAGGUCGAUGUUCGCUUUUUUGGGCAUCACCACCAAAGGGCCUGGAUCCCUUCAGAAAACAUUCAAGAUAUCACAGUUAAUAUCCAUCGGUUGCAUGUGAAGCGCAGCAUGGGCUGGAAAAAAGCAUGUGAUGAACUGGAACUGCACCAGCGUUUCCUUCGUGAUGGGAGAUUCUGGAAGUCUAAGAAUGAAGAUAAAGGUGAGGAGGAGGCAGAAUCCAGUAUCUCUUCCACCAGCAAUGAGCAGCUGAAGGUUACUCAGGAACCCAGAGCAAAGAAAGGACGACGUAAUCAAAGUGUGGAACCCAAAAAGGAAGAGCCAGAGCCUGAAACUGAAGCAGUAAGUUCAAGCCAGGAAAUUCCCACAAUGCCUCAGCCCAUUGAAAAGGUUUCAGUCUCAACACAGACCAAGAAGUUAAGUGCCUCUUCUCCAAAAAUGCUGCAUCGGAGCACCCAGACCAAUAAUGAUGGAGUGUGUCAGAACAUGUGCCAUGACAAAUACACCAAAAUCUUUAAUGACUUCAAAGACAGGAUGAAGGCUGAUCACAAGAGAGAGACCGAGAGAGUUGUACGAGAAGCAGUGGAAAAGCUGCGUACCGAGAUGGAGGAAGACAAAAGGCAGGCUGUAAAUAAAGCUGUAGCCAACAUGCAAGGAGAGAUGGACAGAAAGUGUAAGCAAGUAAAGGAGAAGUGCAAAGAAGAGUUUGUAGAAGAAAUUAAGAAACUAGCAGGUCAGCACAAGCAGCUGAUUUCCCAGACCAAGAAGAAGCAGUGGUGCUACAACUGUGAAGAGGAGGCUAUGUACCACUGCUGCUGGAAUACUUCCUACUGUUCCAUCAAGUGUCAGCAGGAACACUGGCAUGCUGAACACAAACGCACCUGUCGCAGAAAAAGAUGAAAGAUUAAGUCCUCCCCUAGAAAACCACCCUGAUGAUUGCUAUUCUCAGACACAGCGGUUUUUGUUUCCAAGAAGCCAAAAUUGUUUAGAAUUUGCUUCCCAUUUUGCACCAGCCUUUAAACAAUUUUCGUAAAGAAAUUUUGCACAGUAGUUUCAACCUUCUGUUUAAUGCUCCUCCAAAAUUUUGUCAGUCUACUGAAUUUAACAUCAGUGGGAGCAGGUUACUUUAAAUAAUUUUAAAUAGAGGAUUUGUUGCAUUUUAAAACAUUUUUAGGUUUUACAGAGAUUUUAAUCUUUAAAAGCAACAGAUUUAAAAAGAAAAACAACAUGAGCUUAAUGAGAAGAACACUUAAAAGUUAGAUCUGAAUGUAAGAACAAUAGAACUGUUUCAGAAAAAAAAGCAUACUACCUUGAUGUAACAUUUUUUUCCUAACCUUGGCGAGCUGGUUUUGUUCAGCUUAAUUUUACUGUUUAAAGGCAUUAUCUAUUGGUUAUACCAGUGGGUAUAUGAUUGAAUUUAGGGAACAGGGUUGACACAGCAGGUGCUAGUCCUGCCUAUUUUUUCUUAAAAGUUUCCCUAUUGUGUUUUUUUCAUUAUUUCUUUUCAAUAUAUAACUUUUAUAACAAAAUAUUAGCUUUGAUCUUGUAGUUUCAAAUCACAGGGGAUUGGGGUAAUUUUUGCUGAGCUGGAUCUUAGAGAAAAAUGAAUAUUUAAAUUUUAAAGUUUGCACAUUUCAUCCUUGUCCUAACAUGAGUGCUUGUAACAAGAAAAAGAAAAGCCAAAAAAAACUACCUUUAUUCAUACAUGGAAUUAUAGAUGAGGCAUAAAAAUAUCUUUAAUGCUUGCUUCCCCCCUCCCUCCAAGCCUCCCAACCCAAGGUCAUUCGACAGCCUAUAAGCCGGUGUCACCUAGUCCAUUGCAACUUAAUAAUAAAAGGAAAAAUAGCACUUAAGUUUCACAGAAGCCGUUAUGUUUGUAGUAAUGGGUCAUUGCCUAUUAAUGAGCUCCAUCACUGUACUCAGAAUGAAGAAUAAUGCAUGUUAAUUUUCUUGUACUAAAGAUGCCGUGAUUUGUAAAAAGUCUGUAUUUUGCGGAAUGUCUGGAUUAAGAAGCAUUACCAAUAGGAAUGGAUCGAUAGUUGAAAAAUGAUUUUUUUUGUUUUGUUUUAUAUAUAGUUAUAUGAAUUGCAUCCAUAUUCAGAGACAAUUUUUUAAAUAGGUGUAAAGCUUACUUAAACAGCUUUUCUUUUAAAGUGUCUCACCAUUUUAGUUUCUUUUAAAGGUUGGUCUUAGACUGAGUCAAAUGCCCAUUAAUCAUCCUAGCUAUUUUUUGAGAAGUUAGAGGAAUAAUUUGUAAAUAUUUAUUUAGAUCUUUGAUAUUUAUUGAAAGCAAUUACAUGAUGGAACGAUGGAAGUGGAAGAAUCAGGAGGAAAGCCUUUCAAAAAAGUUUUCUUUAGGAUUUGUCAGGGUCAGUGUAAAGAUUAAAGUAUAACUAAGUCUUCUGUGAACUGCCAUUGAAAUCCUGAUCUUUUUUACUUACAGUGGUGAUACAAGUUAAUUGAUUUGAUACUGCCAAUUAAUGCCCAAUAUGUUGAAAAAAACUACAUGGUAAGUUGAUUGGAAACAAUAGUAAUUAGUUGGGAACUUAAAUUACCACAAACGGUUAUUGCCUGAGAACUGUGUAAUUAAUGUUGGUCGCCUCUGUGUUGUGAUGGUAAAACACAUCACAACUAAAAAUUAAUCUUGUUCUAUUACUUUACGAGUUCCAAAACUUCGAUCCACCCCUAUGAAAGCAAGUUAUUGUGGAAAUAUUUUUGGUGUAAAAUCAUUCCAGAAUAUGUAAUAUUUAACUGAUAGCUGCAUGAAAGUAAGAUUCGUGUUACUUUGGCUUUUUUGUCUCUGUUGACACGGUUGCACAUUUCCAAGUUACUACAGCGUGAAAACUGUGUGUU